AUGCAGAGUUUGGUCUCUUUGCGAACCAGGGUGCAGUCGGUUGCAGUCAGUGAUGCCUUCAGUUCCCUCCAAUCAUGUCACCGUCCCAUAACAACUCCCGCAGCAAAACCGGCGGCGGGUGCCCAUUUGCGUGAGCAGACAAAAGCUACUGACACGGUUGUGGACUCAACAAAGGACCAGCGGCAUCAUUCGAAGGGACGCGGUGUAGCUGGAGUGAGGAAUCGCGGCGGCCCAUAUCGUAGGCAGGCACAAGCAUGGAACACUAGUGGAAAAAGUGGACUGAAUUUGCCAGAAUCCUCUGCACCAGUUCUCUUUCCACUGGGGAACGGCCUAGAGGUAACGCUUCCCCACGACACUUUCGCGUGGAAAACACGAGGUGCACCAGCCGGUAUAGCGGAGCGAAACCAAUCAGCGGGCGAACACGGAGGAAAAUUCGUGGGGGAUGGUGGUAAAUCGCUUCACGUGUGCGAUUCAAAUGGAUGUGGAACUGAUCGGCAAGCAGAGGUGGCAAUCAUGCAUCUGAAUGAAUCGGGGGAGCUCAUCUCCGCUAUCUUCGCUGUACCCUCCUUGAAGGGCAGUGAGAAACUGCAGAAGGCGCUUGAGGAGUGGCCAGAGCUACUUCACCGACUGCGAGCUGAUUCCUUGCCCGUGAUAUUGGGGUCCAGCGGCGAAUCACCGCCAACCGCACGAUCCAUCAUCCGAGCUUUUCAAAUUCUGACGGAAGCACUCGGGUCACUGGACAGUAUUUCACAAAAUUCGGGACUGCGUGCGGAGCAGCUCUUCCCGGCCGAUUUAGUAGCUGCACUCUGGAGAGCGCUUCCUCCCAUACACGAGUACAUCAAGCGUACAGCUGUGGACUCCCCACAACCAUCUGGUGGGACAGAUAGUGAUAACGGUGUCAAUGAAAGCCUGAGAGAUGACGAGGUAGCGUUACCCGCAACCCCAGAGUUGCCGAGUUCUCCCAUGAAAGCAUUUAAAGUGGCCAGACGCGCCCUGGCACUACGGGCUCGUGAAGUCGGUGAUGUACUGCCACCGUCUCUGUUGGUUCAAGUGUUAUUGUCCAUAGAGAAAUGUGGCGCGCUCUCCGAUGAUAUCAUUGGACCCAUGGGAACGCGUCUACUUGAAAGGUAUGACAGAGCUCUAGUCGCGCACGGGGGACCGCAACGCGUUGCUUCGAAUCACCAGCUCUCCACACGGUUUGUUUCCAGAACUAUGAACUCGUACGACUUGCCUUUUAGUGAUGAGGAUUCAGUGAGCUUUGCUCGGCUUCUAGGGAGGGCACAGGUGGUAGAUCACUUUCAACUCCAUCGACUGGUACACACAAUUCUCCUUCCUUCAGUAGUACGGGCUCUGCGAAGCAAUGCGCUCAGCCUAACAGAAUUGUUUGAGUUGACAGCAUGUUAUGCUCGGUACGCCGUGUGCGGGCGGCCUGUCGUACAAGUGACGGAACUCUGGAUGUCGCACGUACCUCAAAUGAGCUUGGAGCAGUGUGUCAAAUUACUGAACAUUGUGAGUCCGAACAGGCAGCGCAUCAACGGCAAGAAGCGAUUCACAUCAGGAAAGACACGUCAAACCCUAGCGACUGGUGCGGAGGAAGAUUACUUUCCCUUGGUAGGCGCUGUUCUCGAACGUGCUGUGUGGCUAUGCGUUCGUGAAACACAAAUCGUUAAUAAUACUGAUACCACUGAACAGAUUAUUGCUGUCGCUGAUGAGGACUGCGGCGUGCUGUCUCCAACCUGUCUAACGAAGUUCAUGUGUGCACUAACUAGGGUCAAUGCUGAACGCUGGGCUGAGGUUUACAUGGUUGUGGCAUCUGUGAUCGAGAAAAAACUGGAACUGUUUUCAAUCACUGAUGUUAUGUCCAUGGCAAAAUCCAUUAUACAGCGAGGAUCCAACAUACCGUACCACACGUUCCAUGCUCAAUUAGCGCGCUUCCUGCUGCAGGCUGAAGCGGCGUUAAGCGAUGUGAAGGUUGCUAGCGUUGCUCUCGUCUCUGCCGCCUUGAUGCUACCGGCACCGCCACUCUCGCUAUCGAAGGUGAAGGAGGCACAUUUUCUUCAACCACCAACAAACUCAGUGCCAGCUCCAACGUGUGCGGGCGAGGAUAAGCCCCUACGUGAGAUGGGUAGCUGCACACUGGAACACUCAUCAGCAUUGGCUAUUUUUCGCAAGCAUGGCACACGACUUGGUUUGCACAGUUUCGUUGCAGGAAUGUGUGCCACUCCACUGGAGGAACUCCCGCGACGCUCGCAGGAGCGCGUAAUUGUUCACUUUACCGCUAUAGCUUCAGCGAUCGGGGUGGCGUGGCUUGCUAGGGGUAUUGCGGCGUUGACUUCGAGAAUUCCAGAUUCUGUGGAUCCACUCUCAGUGCAGCGGUGGUUUUCUCGUUUCACGGUUGUGGAUGUUACACGACAGCUAGACUUGGAGCACGCAGCGAUGCUUUUGAAUGUUUUGUCACAUGAAAACUACAGCCGGGAGAGUGCACUAGCAAAGAGAGCCAUAACCAAUCGUGUCGCCCGUUUGCUGCUUCAAGAUGACGUUUCUCUGCACUCUAUAGUGCUAAUUGCGCCUGCACUUCAGCGCGCAGACGUUUUCUUUCCACAUCUAUAUUCGCGCCUUUGUCGCGUGCUGCUGUCGACCGUGCAGAAGGCCCCGUUCGAUGCUCUACUUCCGGCGUUUUACGUGGCGGCAGAUGAGUUCACGCGGUGCAAACAUCACAAUGGCGGCACGUUUAGGGAUGUGUGGGAACUUUUGCGCACCCGAGUGAUUGAUGAUGCUGCGGUAUCCCUCACUACAGAAGACGUUAUCGUAGCAUUAAAUGGAUUCGCCGCGCUGGACGUUGGGGACUACCCCGUAUUCUCUGUCCUUCUUCACAGGUUGUGGGUGUCGUAUAAGGAAGUCGCCUCCCAAUGUGGUGGUGAGGAGGGAGGGACAUCGGCAGUGAGUGGGUCCUUGACCCCAACGCGAUGGGUAGAUAAGGUUCUUUCGGGUUGCACCCCGAGUGCAGUUGCGGUCCUAGCUUGCUCACUCACCCAUUUGGGUGAUGGUGAAGUCGUGGACACUUUCAUGCCAUGGGUGCUUCUCCGCCUUCGGCAAGUCGUUAGGGACAUCUUCCCCAUUGACGUACUCCACCUCAUGCCGGCGUUACUUGCAAAUUUCGCUAAGGCUGCAUCGAGGGCAGAGAACUCGCUGAACCCCACUCACUGGUUAAACAUUGAUGCCAAUUGCAGCCUCCUCCAUGCGGUCUAUGACGCGUGCCGCGAGUUGUUCCUCCAGAUGUAUGGAGAGGCGCGAAAGGACAGCGGGGAAGGAGUUGAUGGAGUGCGUCGAGAGGACUGGAUCCCAAAGGUGCAUGUGUCAGUGUCGAGCGUGCCGCACCGCCACUUUGCAGAGCUCCUUAUAGCCCUGUGCCGCGCUGGUGUGCAGGAUGAAACGGUUGUCAUGGCCUGUGCGCCGCGAACAACCCAACGUUGCUGCGCGGUACUACCCAUGGCCGAACUUGUUGACUUGACUAUGGCGUUAUGUUUUCAUCUGCAUUUGCACCCACAAGAAACAGAUCAAUGUGACACUUCAAAAGAACAAAGCAUCAAGCAUACAGAUGGCACAGACGGGGACGUCGUUGGUAAUCCUCCGUUUGCAGAGAGUGAGGGUACCGGAAACGGAGGUACCGAUGCGGUUAAAAGUGCUUCACUGCAAGCAAUUACCCCAAACCAACAGCUCUUACUCCCAGCACUGAACGCACUGUGGGAGCGUGUGGAAGAACUAAGUUUACCUCAAGUGGAUGCACUGGUACGUUGCUUGAGGCAUUACUACGGCGAAAAAGUUGACACUGAUUUUCUGUUUCGCCUGCAAAACCACCGAGCUGCGGUCGAGGAAAUGAGGCGCAGUCGUCAGCAGAGGCGGGGCGAAAAAGUGAUGAAGGGUGAGGCAACUUUGACCGUUGAUGCUGCAAAGCCGCGGAAUUCUGCUGAAGAACAGGGCCGACGGGAGGAGGGUACGCAAUUACAGCUGACAGCGGAAGAUCUUUUUGUUUGCUGA